GACAUCACUAAAAAGACGCACUUUUAUCAAUAUUAUUGUAAAUUUUAUAAAAACCUGUAUUAUAACUUUUCUUGGGAAGCCUUUUGAGCUAGGCACUUCAUAAACCAUGUCCAUAGAAAUCGAAUCAGCCGAUGUGAUUCGGCUUAUCCAGCAAUAUCUGAAGGAGUCCAACCUUAUGAAAACCCUGCAGACAUUACAGGAAGAAACUGGCGUGUCUUUGAACACAGUGGACAGUGUAGACGGCUUUGUUCAGGACAUCUCCAAUGGCCACUGGGACACCGUGUUGAAAGUCACGCAAUCUCUAAAGCUACCCGACAAGAAGCUACUCAAUCUUUACGAACAGAUAGUACUAGAGUUGAUUGAGUUGAGGGAAUUGGGCGCAGCCAGAUCUUUGCUUCGGCAAACGGAUCCCAUGAGCAUGUUAAAGCAGCAGGAACCAGAACGAUACAUUCAUUUGGAAAACAUGCUGCAACGUGCCUAUUUUGACCCCAGAGAAGCCUAUGCCGAGGGCAGCAGUAAAGAAAAGCGGCGCACGGCCAUCUCCCAGGAGUUGAGUGGCGAGGUUCAUGUAGUGCCAUCCUCCAGGCUCUUGGCGCUUUUGGGACAGGCUUUAAAAUGGCAACAGCAUCAGGGACUUUUACCUCCAGGAACCACCAUCGAUUUGUUCCGCGGCAAAGCGGCUAUGAAGGAUCAAGAAGAGGAAAUGUAUCCCACACAGCUCUUCCGACAAAUCAAAUUCGGCCAAAAGUCCCAUGUGGAAUGUGCGCAGUUUUCCCCUGAUGGUCAGUACCUCAUCACGGGUAGUGUCGACGGUUUUCUUGAGGUAUGGAAUUUUACUACUGGCAAAGUAAGAAAGGAUCUGAAAUACCAGGCGCAAGACCAGUUCAUGAUGAUGGAGCAAGCAGUGCUGGCGUUAAAUUUCUCUCGUGACUCUGAAAUGGUUGCCUCCGGUGCACAAGAUGGCCAGAUUAAGGUGUGGCGUAUAAUCACUGGUCAGUGCUUGAGAAAGUUUGAGAAGGCUCACACGAAGGGAAUAACCUGCUUGCAGUUUUCGCGAGAUAACAGCCAGGUUCUCAGUGCGUCCUUCGACUAUACGGUGCGACUUCACGGCCUGAAAUCGGGAAAAAUGCUGAAGGAGUUUAAGGGUCACUCGUCCUUUGUGAACGAAGCAACAUUCACGCCAGAUGGCCACAGCGUGCUCAGCGCCUCUUCCGACGGUACAGUGAAAGUGUGGUCCCUUAAAACUACGGAGUGCGUGGCCACCUACAAGCCCCUCGGCAAUGAGUUGGCUGUCAACACCGUCCUUAUCCUGCCCAAAAAUCCCGAGCAUUUUAUCGUUUGUAACCGGUCAAAUACAGUGGUUAUUAUGAACAUGCAGGGACAGAUUGUGCGAUCGUUCUCGUCGGGUAAGCGCGAGGGUGGAGCCUUUAUCGCAGCUACUCUAUCACCGCGAGGCGAGUUCAUUUAUUGCGCUGGCGAGGAUCAAGUGCUGUACUGUUUCUCCGUCUCCUCCGGUAAACUGGAACGUACUUUGAAUGUUCAUGAAAAAGACGUUAUUGGCCUGACCCAUCAUCCGCAUCAGAAUCUGCUGGCCAGCUUUAGUGAGGACGGCCUGCUAAAGCUUUGGAAACCCUAGAUCGUAUAAGCAAUUGACUUUCACACCUAGUUUUAGUUGGUUGUCUUAUUUGAGCUACCGAAAUAUACCUACUGACCCCAAA